CAUUCAUCUAAUGCAUGUGUGCAUGUCUCAUUCCUGCGUGUGGUGUUUACAGUCAGAAGUCAGUACAACCCUGACGUCUGUACAAAAGGAGAUUGUGGACCUUCACAAUGCCUACAGAAAAGCUGUGAAGCCCUCGGCCAGUAACAUGCUGAAAAUGAGCUGGAGCGCUGCAGCGGCUCAGACAGCCCAAGGGUGGAUCAGUCAGUGUAAAAUGACACACGGCCCCCCAAGCAGUCACAUGAUUAAUGGAUAUGAGUUGGGUGAAAAUCUCUUCGAGUCCUCUAUGGUCUCUUCGUGGACUGAUGUGGUCACUGAUUGGCACAGUGAGGUCAACAAUUAUCAAUAUCCCACUGGAUCCACCAAUGGCAGAGCGACUGGACAUUACACACAGGUGGUCUGGUACAGCUCAUAUGAGAUCGGAUGUGCCGUGGCUCAGUGCGGAAGCUCCUUCUUCUACGGAUGCCAUUAUUUCCGCAAAGGAAAUUUCAGAGGAGUACCUCCAUAUUCAUUGGGAACUGCGUGUGCUGCCUGCCCGAACAAUUGUGAAGAUGGCCUUUGCACCAAUCCUUGUCCGUAUGUCAACCAAUAUGCCAAUUGUGAUCAAUUGAAAAAAAAGCACACCUGUGACCACUCCUCUGUGAAGAUAUGGUGUCCUGCUAGUUGUCAGUGUAAAACCGAAAUCAUCCCUGUUGUACUUAUCUGAGACUUUUAUGGCCGUCGUUCAUAAAGGGUCGACGUAUUUUUAGCUGUCGUCAAUCUGAUCAUUUGCCUGUAGCGUUUCUUUCUUAUUACUGUGAAAUCUUUUUCCUUUAACAAAAGCUUACUUACCAAAGUGGCUCGCUAUUCAGCUCAUAAAUCAUGUGAUUUUUCUAUGCAGAUAACUAUGACUUUAUUACUUGGCAACUGUGAGAAAUGAGCAAGGAUAUAGUGAUUUUACAGCACUAUGGAAUUAUAUAUAUGGUAUUGUUUUGCAAAAUUUUACUUCUUCCUGAUUUUUAGUAAAGCUUACGCAAUCAAGUUAA